AUGUCGGAAGAUUCGUCGUCCGAAGACGAAAUCACCAAAAGGAUACUCCGAGACUCUGUCGACACUGAUCUGCUGACCGACGACUUGUACAAAAAUGGCAGUACAUCCGGCAAGAAACCGUGUGACAGAAUUAAAAGUCAGUACCUACCUAAUUCUGUAUAACUUGUACCAUUUUUUAGGAACAACAAAUUACCCGAAUUUUUCAUAUAAAACCACUUUACCGGGCAUCUUUUUAUAAUAUAUUUUUUUUAUGUUGCGAACAGCGAAAUCAGAAUUAAGAGGAAACAUUUUAAAGUUAUAGCCAUUUGAAAUUAGUCGUUUUUACAGUUUUCCUAAAAUAUCUAAAUUUUCUAUAUAACACUGUGGUGCAAUGCGUAAAUGUGGCUCACAUAGAAUCUUUAGUAUAGGGUUCGAUACUUACUACAUGUUUACGAAAAAUGUUUGUGACCUUUUUUUUUUAGGUUAAACUCCUUUUUUUUGUCUAUGCACUAUUAAACAUUUUUUUUUUACCCCAUUUCGUUUAAAACCACUCGAACAAGUAAAUAAUACCACCAGGUCUCUAGGUACACCCAAAAUGUAUUAUAUUGUAUCGUGUUGUAUGUCUUUUCCUUGUUAUAAUCAAACACAAAUUUUUUCAAACACUUGAAAAAAACUAGGUGCCCGGUAAAGUAGUUUUAUUCUGAAUUUUUUGUCACUGUUUAAUACAAGCUACGAAUCAAAUACACAUUUUACGAAAAACACCAAUGACUAAUUAUACCAUGGUUCAUAUAGAUAACAAUUAAAUACACAAUACAGACUUCUCGAUUUUCUUCUUAAUUAAUUGCUUUAAACCAUUUAUAAGUUAAUAUCACCUAUUUAUACUUGAAUUAAUAGGUUUUAUUUGGCUAUUUCCAAAAUGAAUUGAUCAAAAUUUUUCUUUUUAACAAAUUUGAGAUAAUUCUUUAUUAUGGUUCAUAUGACGUGUUUUUAAUUUUAGAUACUAACUUGGUGCAAACAAAACAAUCGUUAAGGUAUAUUAUUGAAGAUGAUGGCCACAAUCAUAAUUUUAUUAAGGUGACUCCGGAAUUUCAAGAUUUUGUUGCUAAAAACCUAUUCAAACAUUUAGAGAGGUAAUAUAUCUAGUACCUACUUAUAGAUUGUAAUUAAUAAUAUAAAAUUAAAAAUUGAGUCCUAAUUGGUCUAUACGACAAUCAUUCAUUUACAAUUUAACAAUUAACAACAAUAGCAUAUCAUAAUAAAGAUAAUGUACAAUAUAGUAACAUUUGUAUGCCUUAAUAACAAUGUUUAUUAUAAAAUUGUUAACUAAUUGAUUUUUAUUUGAUUAUAGUCAAAUAAUUGAAAAAACAAUAAAGAAGAAACACAAAAAAGAUAUUAAUGAAGUCUAUCCAAAAGGUAUUCAUUUAUUCAACAGAUCUACUAAAUUACUAGAUUCUUUUAUGGAUGAACCACUGAUUACGGUCAAACGAAAACGCUGUGAUAAAAGUACCAGUGAUAAACUUAUAAUGCAACGUGCUUCAGAAAUGGCUGUAUCACCUGAAUGGAUAUUGAACAAAGAUGCAGUUGAAGGCUGGACAAAAGUAACCAAAGGCAAAAUUAUAAAAGUGAAACCCAACGAUGAAGGUACAUAUGAUGUGGUCAGCCAUGAGUAG